CAGUGUUAACUAUUAUUAUUUUGAUUAGAGAAACUAAAAGAAGAAAGCUCCAGAGAUAACUAGUGACAUUUGCUUCUGUAGCAAUGUAGCUAUAACAAGUUGACAACACGCUAUGGUGAAACGUCUUUAUGGCUGGAUGUCAUUUAGAAUGAGAUUGAAAAUUUGCUAUGUUAUGUUGUGUGUUUUUUCUGUGACAUUAAUAAUAACUACAUACCAUCUUUUUGGAGCAGAAGAUACCCAAAAUGAGCCAAAGAGUCAUAUAGUUAAAAAAAAUACAGAAACUCAGUAUAUCAUGGAUAAAAAGAUCCAAGAACUGGAGAAUAGAAUCAUUCAACUAGAACGGAAUGGUCCUAAAAAGUUUCCAAAUGUUAAAAAUUUGAACUAUAAGGAUAAGAAGAGAAUUUUGGUGUCUGGUGGUGCAGGUUUUGUUGGAAGCCAUCUGGUAGACAGACUUAUGUCAGAUGGCCAUAGUGUUACGGUAGUUGAUAACUUCUUUACUGGCAACAAGAAAAAUAUUGAACAUUGGAUUGGACACAAUAACUUUGAAGUGAUAAACCAUGACAUUGUGAAUCCAUUAUUUAUUGAAGUUGACCAGAUUUAUCAUCUAGCAUCACCAGCAUCUCCUCCUCACUACAUGCUAAAUCCAGUUAAAACAAUUAAGACUAACACACUUGGAACAAUCAACAUGCUUGGUUUAGCUAAGAGGGUAGGAGCAAGACUCUUAGUUGCUUCUACUUCUGAAGUUUACGGAGAUCCUGAGAUUCAUCCCCAGUCAGAAGAUUAUUGGGGUCAUGUUAAUCCUAUUGGUCCACGAGCUUGUUAUGAUGAAGGGAAACGUGUUGCUGAAGCCCUGUGUUAUGCUUAUGCAAGAAAAGAAAAUAUUGAAGUCCGAGUUGCUCGAAUUUUCAAUACUUAUGGUCCACGAAUGCAUAUUCAUGAUGGACGUGUAGUCAGUAAUUUUAUUUUCCAAGCAUUGGAAAAUCUUCCAAUCACGAUUUAUGGCACUGGCAAACAAACACGUGCUUUUCAAUAUAUAUCCGAUCUUGUGGAAGGACUCCUUGCUUUAAUGAAUGGAAAUUAUUCUUUUCCUGUCAACUUGGGAAAUCCUGAUGAAUACUCUAUUGAAGAAUUUGCAUAUCUUAUUAAAAAUUUUGUUGGAAGUUCUAGUCCUAUAGUUUUCAAAGAAGGACUUGAAGAUGACCCUCAAAAAAGGAAACCUGACAUCACACGAGCCAAAACCUAUUUAAACUGGAGUCCUAAGAUAACGUUAGAGGAAGGUCUUCAGAAGACAGUGGAUUACUUCAGAAAAGAAGUUGAAAUGUCUAGAAAACAAGAAAAUACUAAUAUGAAGUGAUCAGAAAGAGCAGUGACUUAAAAGUUUUAUGAAUAACUUCUUUUACUUGCUUGAAUCAAGCCUAAAUUAAAGGUGAUUUAAAGUUGCAAGAUUUAUGGGUUUCUUGUGUAACUUGUCAUUAGCCAAAUAAAAACUGAAAUACAAGUGUAAAAAAAAAAAAAUUAUGAGCAUGAAUCUGCUAUAAAUGUUUGGCCGUGUCUUGUUUUGUUCAAAUAUUGGAAGUAUUUAUUCCUAUUUUAUGUGUUUAUAAAGAAAGUGUAUUAAACUUCAGGAAGUUUAUGUAAUGGAAAGUAUAUAACACUGAGACUACAACACUUUUAUUUCUUCAGACUAAAAUAACUACGUUUGGAAAACUUAACAAACUAUAAAAAGUUGUGUGUGAAAACUGGUACUGAGAGGAAAAGGGAAGUGUUCUAACUCAGACCUUUUUCUGAAAUUUUGUAGAAAAAUGAAAAUAAAAUGUAUGCAUAUUGUUUCAAA